CUCCUAAAGUAAUCUGAGUCUCCAAGUGAGAAUGUGAAAUUUCAGGGGAACAGCAAGAACAAGAUGGCUGGCCCGGGACAAGGAAAGUGUUUUGCUUCUUUUCUAUAAACGAGUCGUUUCGUUUAGUUUCUUUUCUUCAUUUUCAAUUUUAUGCGUAAAUGUCAUACUACAAAUUGGUUUGGUAGCUAUUCAUAUUUUUACAUAGGCCUGCUUUUGCUAGAGUUUCGAUUUACGCAGACGCUGACUUUCUUGAAUCCAUAAACAUUAAUUGUUGAAUUAUUUGGCUAUACUUUCAACUUAUUUUCCGAAGUCGUUUAAAAAAAAAGUUCUGAUGCGAAGCUUAACAAUACAAAUCACUACCUCUGUGGUUUCCGAAAGGAUUUGGGGGAGUUGAAACUGUCCACUUUCUCAGAUUUCAGUGCAUGCUUACUGUUUGAUAUGUACGUAAAAGGUAACAUGAACAAAGCACCUGCCUGUGGCUAGAGACAUCCUUGGUUUUAAACAUUUCGUAAAUGUAGUUUGCCUGGACUUCUAAAACUCUUCAGUUUACUGGACUAACAAUGAGCUCAACUCGGAUGAGAUCACAACAACCGCAGCAUACUCAGGCUGGCAGGUUUGUCACGGGUACAACGGGUGCGUCGUUGCCGCACAGACUGAACACAAGCGAGGGUAUUGAGAUGGAGAACAUUCAGCACCAGGAUCUUGGGCUCGGGGGCACGAUAGGUACUUCAUCACCCCCCUCGCGACAAGCCUGGAGCAGGGACAACCCGGGGUUCGAGCCAGAGGAUGAGAUGAUGGAGGCCGAUUGGCCUCCGGCCAGCCCGGGGAGAAGGUCGGUGUCCACGGCCUCCAGCAGCAGCUGUAGCAGCGGACUGGGAAGUUAUAACGCUGGGGGGAGCAGCACUCGCAUCCACCGUGGAUUAUACCCGACCCCAACAGUAGAUGCCCUGCAACAAGAGGGACAUGAGAUAAAAAGCUGUGGGAAGAGGAUACUGGAGAAAAUAAGAAUUCUGUGGGGUACUCAGCUAAUGGAGGACCGUGACAGCAGCAGAGAGAGGUACCUAAAGAACAUCCUUAGAGAGACGGUCACCUACACCAUCUUUCUCAUCACACUGUGUAUCUUGACCUAUGGGAUGGUGACCUCCAACAUGUAUUACUACACUAAGGUGAUGUCACAGCUCUUCCUGGAUACGCCAGUGUCCCCUGGAGACCCCGCCACCUUCAGAAGCCUCUCCAGUAUGGGUGAAUUUUGGAAGUUCACAGAGGGCCCCUUCCUGAACGGCAUGUACUGGGAGGUGUGGUACAACAACAAAAGCCUCCCCGAAAACCGGAGCAUGAUCUACUAUGAGAACCUGCUCCUCGGAGUGCCCCGCAUCCGCCAGGUCAAAGUUCGCAACGAGUCGUGCACCGUCCACGAGAACCUGCGGGACGAGGUGCAUGACUGCUACAACAUGUACACCGCCAGCAAUGAGGACACAGCCCCCUUUGGCCCCAAGAACGAAACCGCGUGGGUGUACACGGAGGAGGGCCGCCUGAAUGGGAGUGGUCACUGGGGCCAGGUGGCUGCCUACGGAGGAGGGGGGUACUACCAGGACCUGUCCCGUACCCGGGACGAGUCGGCCGGCCUGCUCCGCUCCCUCAAACAGCAGCUGUGGCUGGACCGAGGAACCAGAGCCGUCUUCCUGGACUUCUCUGUGUACAAUGGCAACAUCAACCUCUUCUGUAUCGCCAGGUUGGUGGUGGAAUUCCCUGCCACAGGAGGCGUGGUGACUUCCUGGCAGUUCCAGACGGUGCGUCUGAUUCGCUACAUGUCCAGCUGGGACUACUUUGUCGGGGUUUGUGAAGUGGCCUUCUGCCUUUUCAUCCUGUACUACGUGGUGGAGGAGGCCCUGGAGAUACACAUCCACCGCCUGCGCUACUUCAAGAGCAUGUGGAACUGUCUGGACGUCCUUAUCGUCGCGUUGAGUGUUUCUGCCAUAAUCAUCAACAUCACCAGAACAUCCAUGGUGAGCAGUCGGUUGAAAGACCUUCUGGAGAACCACAGCGCCUACCCCAACUUUGAGCCUCUCGCGCACCUCCAAGUUAUGUUCAACAACAUGGCCGCCGCCAUCGUCUUCUUCUCCUGGGUAAAGCUCUUUAAGUUCAUCAACUUCAACAAGACCAUGAGCCAGCUGUCCAACACCAUGUCUCGCUGUGCCAAGGACCUCACUGGCUUUGCCAUCAUGUUCUUUAUCAUCUUCCUGGCCUACGCUCAGCUGGCCUACCUGGUCUUUGGCACCCAGGUCAACGACUUCAGUACCUUCCAAGCCUGCAUUUUCACUCAGUUCCGCAUCAUCCUCGGCGACUUUGAGUUCUCAGAGAUCGAAGAAGCAAAUCCAGUCUUGGGACCCAUCUACUUCACCACCUUCGUCUUCUUCAUCUUCUUCAUUCUCAUGAAUAUGUUCCUGGCCAUUAUUAAUGACACGUACUCCGAGGUGAAAGCAGACAUGUCCCAGCAGAGGUCUGAAAUGGAGAUGACGGACCUCAUUAAAAAGGGCUGUAACAAAGCCUUGAUGAAGCUGAGACUGAAGAAGACAACUGUGGACGACAUCUCAGACAGCCUGCGUCAGGCUGGAGGCAAACUCAACUUUGAUGAACUCCGCCAGCACCUCAGAGGGAAGGGCCACACGGACGCAGAGAUCGAGGCCAUUUUUGCGAAGUAUGACCAUGAUGGGGACCAGGAGCUGCCUGAACAUGAGCACCAACAGAUGAGGGACGACCUUGAGAAAGAGAGAGAGGACUUGGAUCUGGAGCGUAGCCCUUUGCCUAGACCCACCAGUGGGCGGAGCUUCCCACGUAGCCAGGACGACUCGGAGGAGGACGACGAUGAGGACAGCGGUCACAGCUCCCGUCGCCGCGGCAGCAGCUCAGGGGGCGUGUCCUAUGAGGAGUUCCAAGUGUUGGUCCGUCGUGUGGACAGGAUGGAGCACUCCAUCGGCAGUAUAGUGUCCAAGAUCGAUGCAGUGAUCGUGAAGCUGGAAGUCAUGGAGAGAGCCAAACUCAAGAGAAGAGACGUUUUGGGAAGACUGCUGGAUGGGGGCCUGGAGGAUGAGCGGCAGGGCCGGGAUACAGACGCGCACAGGGACCAGAUGGAGAGGCUGGUGAGGGAGGAGCUGGAGCGCUGGGAGUCCGAGGACACGGUCUCACAGGUCAGCCAUCACCAGCCCACUACUCCCAUUGGUCCAGUGGCCCAGCCACACCCCCGCAGCGCCUGCCCCUCCUCCCCGCUGUCCACUGACGGCCUGGAUGCCACGGGUAGUGGGGGUGGUCAUGUUUGAAACUCCCGUCUACUAGAUCGCUAUGAUGUUGAUAAAAAGGGACAUUUCAGUAUAUAUAUAUAUUUUUUUUUUCAGGUUCAAAUCCUUACUGAUAUGUCGUUGCAAUUAGAAUUUCCACAUUAUGACCUUAUUAGAAGAUUUAUAUGGAAGUCUGAGCUACACAAGCACAUUUUAUAAAAGCUUUUGACCUUCCCAGGAUUAGCCAAACUGAUAAGGGUAGCGUUAAAGGACAGUUUUGGGAGGUUUUAUGCACGUAGGUUUUUCUUAAGUAGACAUGCUACGAUCAUCGUACCCUAUGUAAUGGUUAAGUCCCAUUAAGCGCACACUGUGUUUUGCGUCUAUACCAAAUCUUUACACAAACGAUACAGUGACGGCAAAGUCCAAGCACACGGCACCUCAGCUAUACAAAUGCACUGAAAGUGUGAGAUUGAGGUUCACCCAAUAGACACACACGGUCUAAAAACAUUCCUGUGUACUCCACCUUUAAGAUGGUACAUGCUUUAAGGUAAGCGACACAUUACACAUUUACAAAGCUUACACUGUAAGCACAAGAUUGUAGCGUUAAAAAUAAAAGGACAAAUAUAGUGAAGGCUACACAAUGAAUGAUUUCAUUAAUGUUCUUUAAAUGUGAUGUAACGAACUAGCCUCCAAGCUAUUUCCAUUUGUUUAUAUUCUAAGAAUACACAUCUUUUUAUUUUCUUGUGCAGGCACGUAGCUCAAUUGCUUUUUGUUCCAAUACCUGGCAUGUAUGCAUGCACGUUCGUCCUGAUCACGGAAACAGUGGUCUCCAAUUGAUCAUUUGCUGCUUCUUUUUCUGUCAUUUUAAUAUAGUUUGUGUGGCACAUCCUGUAAUGAUUAGUCAUCUAAAUCACUUCAUAAAGUCUUACGAAUACCUUCAUGAACAUCAUACAUAUUGUAACCUUCAUAAAUGUAUAUGAUACAUAUUGUAACUUGAAACAAACUCCAAUUUGGAGUGCAUCUAGGUUCAUGGGGACCCCAUGUUUAUUAUUUUUGACUAUGUACAGUGCCUUGCAGUAUUUUUGUAGUCCAUUAUUUCUUAGUUGUUUUGCGGAUACAUAUAUUAAAGUGUGAAAAACUCAAACGUAAUGGUGAAAAAUUCUACAUCCAGGAGGUUACAAAAUGUUUUGUGGACAUAACCUCAACAAUAGUUCGGUAGUUAGUUAAUGGACCGGUGAACCUGUUAGAGUGGAGAUGACGGGUUUAUGUGGAUGUUCAUUGGGGGAUUAAGGGAGAAUAAAUGGGAUUAAACCAUCUAUUGACCUAAAAGCCUGUUCUGAACUGGGAGGAGACACCUACUGUCAUCUAAGCGUUACUAAAAUAUCCUAGAAAUGCAACCAUUUGGGCGUUAUGUUUUCUAGGCAGGAUGAGACAUUUCUUGAAACAUGGCCCCAGGCAUGUUAUCCAGUAUGGGAAGUGAUUUAUGUGUUGCCGGUUUUACAAAAAGGACCACUUGUAAAGUAGCAGCGAAAGGUUUAUAAAAGUGUCUUUCUAAAUACUACCAUAGACAAAAAUGCAAUGAACAGGGCAAAUCUUUAGAAAUUCACUGAUUACACAAAAUACUUUAACAUAUGUGAUUCAAUUAUAAUAUUUACAUACAAUUAUGAAAUAACACUUAUUUCAACUAAAUAUAGUUCAGUGUGAUUAAUAGUCAAUUUCUCUCAGUAGAAACUAAAUAAAGUAAUACUAAGGCAUUAUAGUCUUGUACUCAAAUGGAAAAAUGAUACAAAUCUUCAGUAGUCAUAAA